UUUUUGAAAUUAAAUAGCAAAAUUAUUUAUUUGUUCGUCUGGUAUUUUAUCCAGGUUUUCUUAUUUUUUAAAUUUUUUUUCGAGAUUAAUGUCGGUUGCUUGUUUGGUGAAGUUUUGGUCCUAUCCUUCAGUCGCUAGUUAAUAGGUAUUUGAUCAUCUUUUUUCUAAAUCCGUGGCAUCUCUUAUUUAGAUGCCUGUCCUUUUUGUAUUAUCUUUAAAAAACGUCUUCAAUUUGACAAAUAUUAAAUUGGGGGAGUUGAGCCUGAUAUUGAGAAUUUAUUUUAAGAAAUCUGAAAGAGAACGAGUCAUUCCAUGAGGAAUUGCCCCGCAUAGUUUUUGUGCUGUCUAACGACGUGCAGCGCUUUCAUACUCACAUCAGUAUCUUCAUAAUCAAAACAUUCUUCAGUCAUAUCAAAGAAUUGUUAAGAGUUUAUAAAGCAUUUUUAAAUCUUAAUUUAUAGAGCGGCCUUGGUGUAGUGGGUAACAUCCCGGUCUGGGAUGUGCUCUAAGAUGUUCUUUGCUGGGAGUCUUCCUUUGUCCUGCUCGUCCGCUCCGUUGUUGGGAGUCCUUGCUGACUUGCCGUUGCAGGUACGAUUACCUUGUAAGGCAGCAAAGACUCCCAGCAAAGGAGCGGAUGCAGCAGGACAAAUGAAAACUCCCAGCAAAGAGCAUCCGUUUGUACUUUAA